UUCGAUGUGGCCUUGAAAUACUCAUGUGCCAGUAGUAUGUAGUACUAGUCCCCACGGAGUCUUUUUGCUACUCUGUGAACACGCUCAAUUAACAACCUGCACAUCCCACCACACUUUUAGAAGAUCCAUUGGCGACCUCCAGCCCCAAUCUUCGAUUCUCUGCCACCCGGUCAUCGCCCGACUGACUGAGCUGAGAAAGCUGGCCCAUCAUCGAAUUCCAUGGCAGACACCACAGAGACCAGGGCCAAGGACCACCAGGCGCCUGCCAACCCCAGCAAUAUAACCGCCUCGGACGUGCUACCGAGUCCAACACCAAGCGACUUGUCAUCAGCCCAUCAACUGGUAUGUUCGAGACAGGUCCAAUAUCGCCGAUCUUGGCAUCAGAAGGCCCAACAAUGCAGCGCAGCCCCGACUCGACGGCAGCAGGGCACAGUGAUUGUUGAGUCACCCCCCAUGUCGUACAUACAGCGCGAAUCCGGUUACGUCAUCUUGUUGUCCAACUUGAACUUUACUUGUGGUACAACCCCCGUUGCGCAUGAGAUCAGAAAGCUGUGGUCUCCGGACUUCGGGCGGCUGGCCCUGAUCGCCUACGCCGGCCCAGUGCGACAGGCUACGCAUCUCGGAAGAGCGAGUACACGCUCGACGAGGCACAAUCUGUGCAGACCGUGUAAUUGUGUGAGAGUGGCACUUUCCACUACACCUUCUAUACGCGAUGAUGGCGAUCCAUUGCAAUUGCAACCCAACUCGAUUGCCCCAGCCCGAGUUGAUUGCCUCUUGAAACCCUCCGGCGGCUGUCAGACCGAACGUUCCGACAUCCCACUGUAGAUCCAUCAGUUCGGGCGCGUCGCACCCCUUGUGGAUCGCUUUCAUUAGCUGAU